CUCGCAAUCUGUUUGUUCUGCGGCUGGAAGAUCCUCAAGUGCACUCGAUUCAUUACACCGGAGCACGCCGAUCUGGUUCGGAUCCACCCGGUAGUCGAAGCACACGAAGCGGCGAUGGCGGGUGACGGGAAUGAGGUGGGACUCCGCAGACGGUUAGCGCAGAUAGUGAGGGUCGGCUUGAAACUCGGUCGGGCAUCCCGGAGCUCCCGGGUUUAG